AUGGAUGAAAAACAAGCAACAGUCAGCGACAGACAUGUCGACGAGCGCAUCCUCAAACACUCUCACGAUGCCGACGAAGCGCUCCAAGCAAUUCAACAGAUCGACGGCCAAGUAAUCGAAAUCGAUGCAGAAACCAACAAACGCCUCCUUAGGAUUAUAGAUUGGCAUUUGAUGCCGUUGAUGUGUGUUGUUUAUGGGAUGAAUUAUUUGGACAAAACCACAAUUUCGUAUGCGAGUAUCAUGGGCAUGCAAAAGGAUCUUCGUCUCAAAGGGAACGAUUAUCAGUGGCUGGGGAGUAUGUUCUACUUUGGUUACCUUGGCUGGGAAUACCCAGCCAGCCAACUUCUGCAACGCAUGCCCCUAGGAAAAUACUCUGCAAUCUGCGUCGUGCUCUGGGGCAUGGUCCUGGCCUGUUUUGCAGCCGUGUCCAACUUUGGCGGUGCAGUUACCAUUCGAUUGUUUCUGGGGAUCUGUGAAGCUUCAGUUACUCCGGGAUUCGCAUUACUCACUUCUCAGUGGUACACCCGAAAAGAACAAGGCCAACGAACUGGGUUAUGGUUCAGUUUCAACGGCUUCGGCCAAAUCGUCGGCGGCCUAGUCGCAUACGGCAUCGCGAAAGGAACAGAUAAAUACGGCUCUUCAAUUGCGCCGUGGAAGAUCGUGUUCUUGGCUACUGGUCUAUUCACCAUCGUCAUCGGUCUGGCCUUUCUAUGGGUUGUUCCGGACAAUCAGUUGAAUGCGCGAUGGUUAUCCGAAGAAGAUCGCGUACUAGCCGUGGAGCGAGUACGCAUCAAUCAGCAGGGGAUCGGUAAUAAGCAUUUCAAAAUGUAUCAAUUUAAAGAAGCGAUGAUGGAUCCGAUGACAUGGGCGUUUGCGUUUUAUGCGUUGGUUGCUGAUAUUCCGAAUGGUGGUCUUACGAAUUUCUUCAGUCAAUUGAUUGAGAACUUUGGGUACACCGCAGAACAGAGUCUGUUAUACGGUUGUCCCGGUGGAGCAGUCGAAGUCAUUGCAUUGAUCUCCAGUGGAUUUCUGGGCGACUGGCUCGGACGACGACUGCUAUGUAGUAUGGGCGGCUUGGUGAGUGCCAUGGUCGGAAUGAUUCUGAUCAUUGCAUUGCCUCUCUCCAACAAUGACGGCCGAUUAAUCGGAUAUUACAUGACGCAAGCCAGUCCGACGCCGUUUGUGGCCUUGUUGUCGAUGAUUUCGUCAAAUGUUGCUGGAUAUACCAAGAAGACCACUGUCGCUGCUAUAUACCUGAUUUCGUACUGUGUGGGGAAUAUUAUCGGUCCGCAAACGUUUCGUCCCAAAGAUAAACCUCGCUAUGUCCCUGCUGAGAUCACCAUUGUGGUAUGCUAUGGAGUGUGUCUGAUUGAUAUUGCGUUUAUCUGGUGGUGGUAUUCCAAGGAGAAUAAGAAGAAAGCCAUGAUCCGGGCAAGUGAGGGAUAUGCGAAGAUGGAGAAUCAAGAGUGGCUCGAUCUGACGGAUGGAGAGAAUGCUGAGUUUGUGUAUACUCUUUGA